GUCCAAAAGCGCAUGCGCACUGACCAGUCCACGCAAUCAGGAAACAAACACGCGCGAGGAUUCCGCAUUUGAAUUCGAGCAGCAUGGAUUCCGCAUGGACGGCUUUUGAUACGGAAACUCAGACUAUGCUGCAAACAGCAAUGAACGAUCCAAAGAGAGUUGAUAUGGACAAGCUUUCUAACGCCAUUGUAGAGCAGUCAUUGAAAGACCUCUCGUUUUGUAAAGAUGCUGGCCGCAUGUGUUAUACUGUAGUUGAGGCAGAGGCCCGGAAAGCUGCAUCCAGUUUAUUCAGGCGAAAGCUGUUGAAUCGUCUACAGCAAGAGUUCACUGCCAGGGAGGAGAUUCGAAACCGCUCGGUGGACGAGUGGGUGUGUGUGGUCACGUUUAUAUGCAGCGUAUUUGAUUAUAUCAAGGUAAACAAUGCUCCUGUUGUGGCCCUUGUGGAUCCAAUAUAUGAUUGCCUCUUUAGAUUGGCUCAGCCAGAUGCCUUGAUGAAUGAGGAAGAGGUGGACUGUCUGGUCUUACAGCUUCAUCGUGUGGGCGAGCAACUGGAGCAAACAAACUCUCAGCGCAUGAAUCAGCUCUUUUACUUGCUGCGGGAUGGUUUUCUCCUUCAGCAAGACCUCGGCUCCAUGACAAGGCUCUUGCUGCUGGAGAUCUUGGAGUUCAGGGCCAGUGGUUGGACCCUCACUGAAACUGCACACAAGUACUACUACAGUGAAGUAGCUGACUGAGGAGAGAAUGAGGUUCCUUGUUCAGCAUUUGGGUUUCAAGCGUUCAGUGUUCACAGAAGGCCUAAAGAGUACUUAAUGGGAGAAAGAAGUGGAAACCCCAUGUACUAGUACUGUGGAGCAGAAUGGCAGAGCUCGUGUUCAUGCAUUUGCAUGUGUUGUGUUCAGCGUUUGGGUUUAGCUCAGAAUGGUCAGGAUUUGUUCUAUUUUGAGGUUAGUGUCUUAAAUCUGCACUGGAUGAUUCCAUGCAAUAAGAAAAGCAAUCGCUACCAGCCGCAAACCUGUGAGUCACCAGCAGUAUACAUGAAUGGCAGUUGUCUUUUCUGUCUAGUUUUUUUUUAUUAUUAUUAUUUGUAGAAGUUUCAUACAGUGAACACUUUGUUUGUAUAGUUGCAUUUUUUUUUUUUACAGUGAAGGGUUAUUGCAAUAUCAGUGGAAGAUGCUCUGACUUUUACCUGUGGUGUUAGCACAUUAGGAUGGAUACCUUGUAAAAGUUUCUUAAUUUUAUAGUAAUUUUAAAAUGGCUUACAUUGUUAAAGUUUCUGUUUGGGCUAAUAUGUAUGAAAAAAAUGUUCAGUCAUGUUGGCUGCUCUUAAGUUUAUUUUUUCAAAAUUUGAGAUUAAUAGACUAAAUAAAGUCUGCUGUUUUGAGUCUC